AGCCAACAAGGAUCCCAACAAGUCCAGCAGCUUCUGGAAGGAUGCUCCGUGCUGGAAUGCUCUGGAUGGGGAGGAUGCUCUGUCCCGGGAGGUCCCGAGCAGGCGCGGCGGCCUUUAAGGGGAGGGACGGAAUCCUGACCCGUCCCCGAGCCCUGAAAGCCUCGGCAGACCGACCGAGCCCGGCUCCGAGCCGCCGGGGCCGCCAUGGGCUCCCUGGGGCGCUGCCUGGCCCGGAGCCUCCCCGGGCCCCGCUGCUACGGCUCCGCCCCCGCGGCGCUGCAGGAGAGGACGCUGCUGGUGGCCAAGCCGGACGCGCUGCAGCGGCGGCUGCUCGGGGACAUCAUCCAGCGCUUCGAGCGCCGCGGCUUCCAGCUGGUGGCCAUGAAGCUGCUCCAGGCGGACCGGAGCCUCGUGGAGCGGCACUACGAGCAGCUGCGGCUGAAGCCCUUCUACCCCGCGCUCGUCGCCUACAUGACCUCGGGGCCGGUGGUGGCCAUGGUGUGGGAGGGCUACAACGUGGUGCGGUGCACGCGGGCCAUGGUUGGGGACAGCAGCGCCGUGGGGACAAUCCGCGGGGACCUCAGCGUGCACAUCACCAGGAACGUGGUCCAUGCCAGCGACUCCGCCGAGGCGGCCCAGCGGGAGAUCGGCUUCUGGUUCCGGCGGGACGAGCUGGUGGCCUGGGACAGCAGCGACAGGGACAACAUCUACGGGCUCUAGGGUCGGGCCGGCCGGGGGCACCCCGCCCCCAAUAAACCCCGGUGUCCCCA